AAAUGGCAAAAUCAAGCUUUGCUAUUUGCAAAUGUAUACAUACAUACAAAUGCAAGCUGUGGAUGCUUGAAUGGCUACAGAACCCAUGGAAAAGGAGAGAUGGCUGUAUGUGGUUCAAUUUGGGGUUCAAAAAUGAGAAGUUAGACUUCUUCAUCUUCAAAUAUGACCUUAUUUAUGUAGAGGGUUCAGAUAUCAAUCAAACCUUUCCUAGGGCAUUGGAUGCGAACCAGGGCUUUCAAAUGUGUCCUUUAUUUGAAACUGAAAACAAACUCUUCUGUUUUGGGAAAUCUGGUUUUGGCUGCUGCCUGGUAGAGACAAAUGCUUCCACCCUGGAUCCCAGGAUCCUUUUACUUUUAAUGCUUUCUGGGUUUGGUUUCUCUUGAGGCGGCCCUUCCUUUCAGCUAUUUGUCAUCCCUGCUAUUCUAAGGCUAUUCAAAAUGCUUUUUGAACAGAGCAACCGGUUAGCAAUACUGCAGUGAUUCCCAAAUUAUGGGGGAUGCCCAGAUUAAAGAAAAGUAUUGACGAUUUUAAAUGUUUAAAUGCUGCAUCCCCCCCCCCCCCCAUGUAUAAAUCCUUUGUUUUUAGUGUUGCCAACCCAAACCAAAAGGGUCUAGUAGUUGUACUUGCAGGGCCUGGAUGGAGAAAGUGAAAAGGCCAUUUCUGGCCAGAGUGCUCUCUUGUGGGAUGCUUCUCAAAGGGGUUAAAGGAGGAGGCUGGAGGAUGAGGCGGUCAUACUCUGGCUUGUGGCUAUUCCACCCUGCUUUGCUUGCCUUGGCCUGACUCCUGUUGGCCUCUCCGGUAAGAGAAGGGGACACACCAUCCAACAAGACCAGAGUAGUAUGCAAUUCUGUCCUAUUUGCUGUUGAUUUUAAACCACUCUGCAUUCCCUUUGGCUGCUUAGAGACCACUCUGGUUGAGCUCAGGGGCCUUGAAGUCCUGUUUCUCCUUGCUUUCAAGCCCCUCUGCGUGCGCUCAAAGGCCCUGCAAUCCCUUUGGCUGCUCGGAAACCCCUCUGGGUUUGCCCAGGGGCCUCACAAGUCCUGUUUGCCAUUGCUUCUAAGCUCCUCUGCACAUGCCCAGAGGCGCUGCAGCCCUGUUUCCCUCUUGCAGCAUCUCAGCCUCUCUCUGCAUGUGCUCUGGACUCAGAAGCCUCGCAGUCCUGUCCUGCCUUUUGCCUCCCAGCCGCUCUCUGCACAUGCUCAGAGGCUCCUGGCAGGCCUGCUGCCAUGGCUCCCCAGCGGUGACGAUGCCGCCGGCCCUUCCCUGGCCAUGGCCCGACGGGCAGCCCCGGCCUCAGGAGGAGCCCCCAGCCCCCCGCGGGAAGAAGCCUCCUCCUCCUCCUCCGCAGCCCAGCAGCCGGGGCCCCCCUUCGGGGCGCUGUCCCUGGAAGAGGUGCUGAAGGCCUACGAGCAGCCGGUCAACGAGGAGCAAGCCUGGGCCCUCUGCUUCCAGUGCUGCCGGGGCAUCGGGGCUCCCAGGGCUGAAGGAGCAGCCGCAGCAGCAGCAGCAGGAGAGCCCCGCGAACAAGGAGCCCGGGGGAGAUGGGGCCCCGCCGGACGCCUCCGGGACCCUGCAGACCUCCUCCUCCACAAGGACGGCACCGUCUCGGCCCGAGGGGAGUAUGGCCUGGCGGAACUCCCAUUGACUUUGACGCCGUCUGCAGAAGCGCAAAUGGUGCAGUCACUGGGCUUUGCAAUCUACAGAGCCUUGGAUUGGGGCCUGGAUGAAAAUGAAGAGAGGGAACUCAGCCCUGAACUGGAGCACCUCAUUGACUUGAUGGCUAACAGUGACUCAGAGGACAGCGGCUGCGGCACAGCAGAUGAAGGCUAUGGAGGGCAGGACGAGGAGGAGGAAGAAGCUGUGGCAGAAGGGACCCUGCGGGCUGUGCGCACUUUCAGCCAGGCCAUGCGCCUCUGUGCAUCACGGCUCACCCAGCCCCAGGAAGCUGAGUCCCAUUACCAGGCAGUCUGCCGAGCUCUGUUCCUUGAGACAGUGGAGCUGAAGGCCUUCCUGGCCAAGAUCCAGGAGACCAAGGAGAUGCUGACGAAGCUGAAGGAGGAAGAUGAGGAACUGCAGGACCGGUCGGUGGCAGACCUGGACAACCUGAGGAACACAGAUUGGGCUCGGCUCUGGGUCCAGCUCAUGAGGGAGCUCCGGAAUGGGAUCAAGCUGAAGAAGGUGCAGGAGAAGCAGUUCAACCCCUUGCCCACUGAAUACCAGCUGACUCCCUUCGAAAUGCUGAUGCAGGACAUCCGGGCACGAAACUAUAAGCUCCGCAAGGUCAUGGUGGAUGGUGACAUUCCUCCCAAGGUGAAGAAGAAUGCUCAUGAGCUCAUCCUUGAUUUCAUAAGAUCCCGGCCACCCCUGAGACAGGCUUCAGAACGGAGGCUCCGGCCGAUGCCCCAGAAGCAGCAGACACUCCAUGAGAAGAUUUUGGAGGAGAUCAAGCAGGAGCGGAAGCUUCGGCCUGUUCAGGAGCGGUACCAGAAUCAGAAAGGAUUCGGCUCCGUCCCCUGCCUAGUGAAGGCUUGUACAAGUAACGCCAAGUCCACCUCUUGCAUCAACCUCUCCGUUUCAGACUCCAGCACCCCAACCCAACGCCAGAGGCCCCGGGUCUUGCUGAAGGCUCCCACAUUAGCAGAGAUGGAGGAGAUGCUUACCUCUGAAGAGGAAGACUCUCCCAGCUCAGAGGCCAUGCAAGAACCCAGGUCAAACAUGCCUCUGAAGCGCGACCGCUCCUUCUCAGAGCAGGACCUGGCCCAGUUUCAGAAUGAAAGUGGGACCAGUCAGCCUGAUUUGGAGUACUUGGGAGACAAUGGGUCUGAACCGAGACCCCGCUCAGGUACCCCGACCCCUGCAUGGACCAGCAUGGAGAACCUGGGUUCAGUCCCAGCCAGCUACCACCAGGUCCCUUAUGGUGCCAGUCCUUUCCCGGCUAAACAGGGCUCUCUUGGCACUGUGGAUGAAAAAUCAGAGGCCGGCUCAGGACCUCCUCCAGAGGCCAGCUUGAAAUACCUGUGGCUGCAAGAGUUCAGCCACCCAGUUGAGAGCCUGGCGCUCACCGUGGAGGAGAUGAUCAACGUGCGGCGAGUGCUAGUGAAAGCCGAGAUGGAGAAGUUUUUGCACAGCAAGGAGCUCUACAGCAGCCUGAAGAAAGGGAAGAUCUGUUGCUGCUGCCGGACAAAGUUUGCUCUGUUCUCCUGGCCUCCCACUUGCCUCUUCUGCAAGAGGUCUGUCUGUGCCUCCUGCAGUCUGAAGAUCAAGAUGCCUUCGAAGAAACUUGCCCAUAUCCCUGUCUACGCCCUGGGUUUUGAGACCCUGCCGGGCUCUUUAGGACCCAAGGCACCCCCAUUUCGGAAAAAAGAGACUUUCCACUCCUUGCAGGGCACUCGCUGGCGGAGCGUGGAGGAAGAGUUCCCCUACAUUUACGCCCAUGGUUCAGUGCUCAAGGACGUUUGCUCCGACUGCUCCGGGUUUGUCACGGACGUGGUCAGCUCCAGCCGGAAGAGCGUGGACAUCUUGAACACCACACCGUGCCGGAGGAGCCGCAAGACGCAAUCCCUCUACAUCCCUUCCAGCUAGACCCCGGUGCCAGAUCUGGAGCAACACAUCUCCCUAUCCACACCUGGCCUUUUGCAGAUGGUUUUCCUUCUGCCUCCAAGGCACCAGAGAUGGGAGUCUCCACAUUAUCUUUGGGGGGCAGAGGAAGCCCUGCUAGCCUUGCCUGGACUCCUCACAGUGGAUCACCAAUCUCUCGGCUUACUACUACGACAUCCAGCAUCCCCGUUUCCCACACCCUUUUGCCUUCUACGAAUGCCUCCUGCCUGCAUCUGCGUGUAUGUCGGUGUACAUAUAUACAUACUGUAGACACUCUGUAUUUAUUACCUACGGAUCCAUUGCUGGAUCCACUCACAGGCUGCAUUUACUUAGAGAAAAAGCAAAUUCGCCCUCCCUCGUGCCCACCCCAAUGCCCACUCUCUUUGGAUUUCAAGCAAGCAAGAAAAAAGGGGAGCAAGGUAAGGAGAAGACCCCACAGCAUUUUAGACAAGGGAACAGAACCAGCCACUAUGGGGACGAAAUAUCUUUCACACGACACAGUUCUAGCACUUUGACUCUACUUUAACAGCCAUGGCUUCAUCCGAUAGAAGUUUAGGAUUUAUAGUUUGGGAAAGGAUGCUAGGAAUUCUCUGCAAGUGCCUCCCCCAGAUUACAACUCUCAGCAUUUGGUAGGAUGCAGCCUCAGCAGUUAUUGGGACCGAAGUGCUUGAAUUGUGUGAUGUAGAAAAGAACCCAAGAAAGCAAACCUUACCCUAAAUGUGUCUGGCUUAUUUCUUCUUCCUUCCCAGAUGGACUAGCCAGAGCAUACUAUAGCUGCCAUAAUUCCCCUAGCCAGAUUCCCCACAUCUGUGUUCAUAACUAGUUGGGGGAGUCUGGGGUUUGUAGUGCCCCCCAAAGCAACUUUUCUGUGCCCUGCAAACGAAGCUCUGCCAAGGCUUGUCCUCUUGAGAUAUCCAAAGAAGUCAUGCCUUUGCUUGCCAAUUCUAUUUAAUUUUUUGAGGGUGUGCCUUUUCUCCCCCCCCCCCCCUCUUUUCCCUUUUGGGUGUCCCCUCUUUAUCUGCCUUUCUCCUGGCAGACGGAUGUGCUUUUUAAAACCUGGUUAGACAUUUACAGUUUGGUUAAGAUUUGAGAGGGAGGUUCCACCCACCUGCCUUGCCCUCUGCAAAUUAAGGAUGCUCUUUUAUGUGUACGGUACAACAUGUAAUAAAAUACCUCAUUUAUUUUGUAAGCAUUUAAAUGGAAAGUGAGCCAUUCCUGUAUGUUGGGUCUCCUGGAGCAGGGAACCGCAAAGGUGGAGUAAUAGGCUGCAAUUGGGGACAAGUUAUUUUUUGGACAGCAUCUGCAAGUAUCCCCUGGCCAGCAUGGCCAAUGGAAUACAGACAGAUGCAAUCUAAAAAAAUGACAUCUCCAAGCUGUGGGUUGUAGUCUUCCAAAACUAACAUUUCCAAGCUCUGCUGUUGCUCCCUAUAUUCUCCAAAGGUAAUUUCAUCAGUUUCUUCCCUAAUUCAUAACUGAUUGGAGAUUUGGUAGUGGAAGCUGAUGAGAGCCAGCGUGGCACAGUGG